UCACUCUAAAACGUAGUUGCGAAGAAAAAAUUAAAUAUUUUUGUGUGUUUUGCGAGAUUUUCAAUUGCUUUAACAAUUCGGCAAACAUACAAUUACCAACGCAAUCGAGCGCGUAUUCGCAAUGUGCAAUAGUUUCAGCGAUUUGUAUGUAUAUAAUCUGUAACUGUUGUUGUACCUGAUUCGUUGCGAUUUUCGUAUGCGCUGCGUUAAAAGUGGUGGAAAAUGUGUGCAACAAAAAACAUGCAAUUGCCACUAACUAUGCAAAAUAAGCAGCCUGCGGCAAUAGUGCGUUAGUUAAUAUAAUAACAAUUCUGUUGAUCUGAUACAAGUGCGUUCAAAAACGCGAAAACUAGCUGAACGGCAAAAAAAAUUCGCGCGUGCAACACAAAAUUGCGCCAAUAAGCGAACGACGACGUUUCUGUCUGUUUCUGUUUUAUUGCAUUCCUGCUCGCACACAUACAUACAUACGAUACAGAGCAACAGAGAUUUUCGUGCACACAUAUGCAUGCAUACACACGCACGCACAUGCAUUCACGCAAUAAACGCAGCACAACAGCAACAACAACAAACAACAAACAUUGGCUGCAACACAAAUGUUUUGUUUCAGUGUAAUUGUUGCAAUUGCCAUCAAACGGCCACGCGCGCCAACCAUCGCAUAGAAGAAGUGUAAACAACAAAUUGAAUCACAGGCGAAACUCGAAUUGAAGUACGCUAGCUGAACGACUGACAUCUGGUCAAGAUGUCGCGCUGGGGCAAGAACAUUGUGGUGCCGCUGGACUCGCUCUGCAAGGAGAAGGAGAACACAAAUCGGCCAACAGUUGCCCGCUCCGUGGGCACCGUUGGCAAAUGGGGCAAGAUGGGCUUCACCUCGACCCGCACCUACACACUCUCCGCUCUGCAUCCGAUGGCAGCAGCGGCUGCGGCUGCUGCUGCCGCCGCGAGUCCUGCUCAGAGUCCGGCCUCCACGCACGAUCACGAUCCGAAUGAUAUGUCCGUGUCGGUGCCGGAGCCACCAAAGCCGAAGAAGUUCUUCAAAUCUCGCAACACGGCGCCGCCGGAGGUGAUAGCACAGAUUAUACAACAGCUGCCGCAUUGUGUGGCCGGCACGUCGCCGAUGCGGGAUCAGGCAUCGACGGCGAUACACAUGACGCCCACACGGGAGCCCAUCAAGCUGAAGCUGGCGAAAGGCAACUCCGCAGAGCGGAAGCGAAAGUCGCCCAAGAAGAAGGCAGCGGCAGCGGCAACUACGGCGACGGCCGCUCUAACGCCCGGUGCGUUUAGCGCCGCCGAACUGGGCGACAAUCUGGCCCUAGAUGCCGAGCAUAUGGACACAGCUACCGGUGCAUCGCCCGCAGCCGAGCCCAAGGGCAAGAAAAAGAAGCUGAAGGAGGAAAAGAAACUAAAGCCAGAGGCGCCGCCGUCACGGAUUUUGGGACGUGCUCGCAAAGCGGUCAACUACUGCGAAGUGGAUGAGGACGAGCGCUAUCCCACGCCCAUCAAGGAUCUGAUCAUUCCCAAAACGCGAGCGCCCGAAACGACAACAGCAUCACAUGAGAUUGCCACCCCUGCAUUGGCAUCGGUGUCCACAGCACUCCCCGCCGGGGCAGCUGCAGUGGCGGAUGUCAAUCCAUCGCUUCCUCCGCCCACGACGGCGCCCAGUGUAGCAGCUAUUGGCUCCGCAGGAGGAGCAGCAGCCGCAGCAUCCUCUGCUUCCACAGUGCCAUCUGCCUCGUCUAGUGCUUCCCGAACGCCCGAGCAUCCGCCAAUUGUUCUACGCAUUUCCAAAGGCACCUCACGUCUAGUCAGCACGGACAGCGAGGAGCCGCCAAAUUGUUCGCCUGCCCAGCAGCACAUGUCAUACGAGACGCCCAACGAUGCGCUGCAUGAUCAUCCAAUCGAUGCUAUAGUUCCUGCACCAAAAAUCACUGUGAAACCUCUGCGACAGCCGCCGGCCAAGUCAGGGAAGGACGACAACGACGGAAUAGCGGGCGGUAACAGGGAAUCCUUAGCGCAGUCAGCGGUUGACAACAACAAUAGCAGCAGCGGCGCUAGCAACAACGACGACGACGAGCAGGAGGGCGAGCAAGAGGAGGAGGAGGAGGACGAAGAGGAAGAAGAGGAGCCACCUGAAAUUAACUAUUGCACAGUGAAAAUCUCACCAGACAAACCGCCCAAGGAACGGCUGAAACUGAUCAUCAAAACGGACGUCAUUCGGAACGCAAUUGCCAAAGCAGCCGCCGCCGCAGCUGCCAAAGCCGCCGGCGAGGAGUCGCGCAGCGAAAAGAAAUCCAAAAGCAAAAAGCACAAACACCUCAAGCACGCCCAGCUAGUCGAACAGGUGCAGCCCACUCAGCCAGUGACAGCCUCCACGGCCAGCGAACUGGCUCAGAGCUCCGAGUUCAAGACGCCCUCACCGCAUCUGGCGCUGGCGAACGAGCAACACCAGCAGCAACAGCAGCAGCAGUUGCAGCAGCAACUGCAUCGGGGCUCGGUCAUAUCGCCGACGACACGCUCGGAUCACGACUUCGACUCGCAGUCCUCGGUGCUGGGCAGCAUCUCAUCCAAGGGCAACAGCACGCCCCAGCUGCUGGCGCAGGCCGUGCAGGAGGACAGCUGUGUGAUACGCAGUCGCGGCUCGAGUGUCAUCACUAGCGACCUGGAGACCAGCCAGCACUCGUCGCUGGUGGCGCCGCCGUCGGACAUUGAGUCGCGCCUGGAGUCCAUGAUGAUGACCAUGGAUGGCACCAAUGCUGGCGGAACUGGAGCUGGAGCAGCGACAGCAGCAGCAUCAGCCGCCACAACAGCAAUCGCGGCUGCAGGAGGCACAGACCAAAUGGACGGUCAUCUGCCGCUCGUGGAGCAGCCGCUGCAGCAGGACAUAUUGGCGGUUCUGCGUGGCGACGCGGUGCCGCGGCUCAAUGGCGCCGAUGAUACGGCCUCGGCUCCAGCCGAGUCCAAGCAGCCAAAACGCACAACGCGAGGACGUGCGCGUGGCAAGGCCAACAAUAAUGCGGCAGAGGCCACGGCGCCGACGGAGACGCGCACGAGAGCGCGCGCCAAGCCCACAGAGGCAUCGCCCACAUCCACGACGGCCACCACCACGACUACGACCUCGCCCACGAAGCGUGCGACACGGGCGCGUGGCAGCCGGCGACUGGAGGCAGCUGCAACAGCUGAGGGCACGGAAUUGGCUGAGUCGCCAGAGAAGGCUUUGGCGGAGGCAGUCGAGGCGUCGGCCAAUGAGGCAGUGCCGCGACGUGGACGUGCCUCAGCGCGCGCCAUCAACAACAAUUUAGCCAGCAGCAACAACAACAACAGCAGCAGCAACAACAACAACAACAACAACAUCAACAAGAUUGCUGCGAAUCUGUCGGCGAAGGCUGAGGCCAGUCGCGCCACCGACAAUGGUGGCUCCAAUGCUGGCGGUGUUGCGGGCACGCGCAGCUACGGGCGCAAGCGCAAGAAUCAGCAGGUGACACAGUUGCUGCAGCAUGCCGAAACGUCGGAGGCGGAGCAGCUGAGCCAGGAACUGAGCGAGGCGCAGCCAACGCCGGCCAAGGUGCCGCACACAGAGCUGGAUGGGGACGCGGAACCGGAUCCCGGCAUGGACGAGCUGUCGAACACCUCGAAUGGGUCCUCCAUGCAGCACGAUGGCUCCUCCUCGUCGCCGCCGCCGCGUGACUUCAAAUUCAAGGACAAGUUCAAGCGCACCAUCACGCUGGACAACCAGAUGCCGGGUGGAGCGGCCGCUGCUGCAGCCGCUGCUGCUGCUGCCACGGCCGCCGCCGGUGGGGCAGAGCCAACCGCGAGUAGCGUCAGCGUCACCAAUGUCAGCAGCAGCGAGGAGACGCAACGCGGCGCCGUCAAGCUGGUCAUCUCGAAGAAGAAGGGCAGCAUAUUCAAGAGCCGGGCGCUGGUGCCCUCAGACCAGGCUGAGCAGGCGACGGUGGCCAAGCGGGCGCUGUACAAGCACAGCUGGGAUGCGGCGCUGGAGGCCAAUGGCGCCGGCACGGGCAGCGAUGCGAGCAAUGCGUCCGCCUCGACAGCAGCGGGCGGCGUCGGUGCCAAGGCUGACGGCUCGGCUGCCGGCAAGGCGGCAGCCAUCGAUGCCAUCUACGGCGACUUUGGCGACAGCAACUCCAACAACAAUACCUGCAGCAGCUCCGCCCUGCGCGGCGAGAGCCCCGCCCUGGGCAAGCUGAGCCGACUGGCCAAGCCGCAGCACAAUGCUCAAUCCUUGGCAGCGACAUCUGGCGACGCCUUCGACAUGGAUAUGGAGCCGAGCGCGGAUGAGGGCAGCGGCGGUGGUGCCGGCAGUGGCAAUGGCAGCAGUGGAGCAGCCGGCGGCGGAGCUGGCGAUCGCACGGGUCUCCGGGUGGACCGUAAGACAAAGGAGUACUAUACCGUGGUGCGGAAUGUGAAGACUGCGCACCAGAUACAGGAGAUUGGCGAGUACCAGGAGAUGUACGACGAUGUGGAGUACAUACUGGACGCACUGCAGCCGCACAAUCCGCUGCCCACCCGCUGUCUGUCCGCCCUGCAGCUGGCCACCAAAUGCAUGACGCCCGCCUUCCGCAUGCAUGUGCGCGCCCACGGCGUUGUCACCAAGUUCUUCAAGGCGCUCUCCGAUGCCAACCAGGAUCUGAGCCUGGGUCUGUGCACCUCGGCCAUUAUGUACAUACUCUCACAGGAGGGCCUCAACAUGGAUCUGGAUCGGGACUCACUCGAGCUGAUGAUCAAUUUGCUGGAGGCUGAAGGUGUGGGCGUGGCCGCGCACACAGAUCGACCCAUCUACGAGCGCAACAAGCAGAAGGUGCGCGAGCUGUGCGAGGAGAUCAAGGCGCAGGGCAAGGGCACUCACCUGAACGUGGAGUCCAUUACGGUGGGCACUUUGGCCAUGGAGACGCUGCUCUCGCUGACAUCGAAACGUGCGGGCGAAUGGUUCAAGGAGGAUCUGCGCAAGCUGGGCGGCCUGGAGCACAUCAUCAAGACAAUCUCGAACUUCUGCGAUCCGGUGAUUGAGACAGCGGCAAAAGACAUGGCACUGGUCAACUGGGAGCCGGCGCUGCUCGACAAUAUGCAAACGGUGGCGCGCUGUCUGCGGGUGCUCGAGAACGUGACGCAGCACAACGAGGCGAACCAACGGUAUAUGCUCACCUAUGCCAACGGACGGGCCGUGGACACACUGUGCUUCCUCUAUCGCCUCUGCGACCGACAGCUGCUGCUGCAUCCGUCGACAGCGGAGCAGAGCAGCAGCAAGGAGCAUCCGGGCGUGGCGAUGCGUGAGCUCCUGAUACCCGUCAUGAAGGUGCUCAUCAAUCUGACGCACACGUUCAACGAGGCGCAGCCCUCGCUGGGCGCCGAGCUGCUGGGUAAACGGAGCGAUGUCAUCGAGACGAGCUUCCAUCUGCUGCUACUCGCAUCCAACUACAUUCCGGAUCGCUGCGUCUUCGAGCUGAGCAUUUUGGUGCUCACCCUGCUGAUUAACUUGUGCAUGCACACGCCGUCAAAUCGCGCCACUCUGAUGCAGGCGACUGCGCCUGCCGAAUACGUGGCGGACAAUCCAACGCCUGGUGAUCUGGCCGUCAGCGCGGUGCAGGCGCUGCUCGAGUACUUCUACAAGUGUGAGGAGCUAGCCAGGUUGGUGGAGAAGAACACGGAUGCCUUCCUGGAGAGCAACGAGAAGAGCAAAAAGAAGCAGGAGGAGGUCGAGGAGACGGUCAACAAUCUUGUGCAACGCGCUGGACAUCACAUGGAGCACACGCUCAAGGGCAGCUAUGCGGCGAUAUUAAUCGGCAACCUGAUCACGGACAAUGAGCAGAACGAAACAAUUGUGAGACAACAACUGCGAGGCAAUAGCUUUAAGGAGAUCAUUGGCGUCCUGGAGAAAUAUCACACCUUUAUGAAUCUGACAUCCAGUUUGGAGGCCGCCUUUGUGGCGCACAUGAAGUCCACCAAGAAGAUCAUUGACAACUUCAAGAAGCGUGAUUAUAUCUAUGAGCAUGCUGAUGAGGAUCAUACGAUGCCGAUGCCACUCAAUCUGGAGACGACGACGCAUCAUCAUCAUCAUCAACAGCACCAGCAGCAGCACAAACACCACAACCAGCAGCAGCAGCACCGGCGGCAGUAGCAGCAGCAGCAGCAUGCCGCGUGUCUUCAAGACGUACAGCAGUCACAGAUAAUCAAUGCUGGAUGAGCAUGAAGCCAAAUCUAUGGAUAGCUAAAUGCCAUCCACAUAAAACCCUGCCACCAAAUUAAUAACUAUUUAUGUUGUUUCGUAAUAGAUGACGAUUAAUUAUUUAUUUACUAAUAUG